AUAUUAGCAAUACAGUCAAUCAAUACCUGAAAUAGAUAUUAUAAAGUAAAAAUAACAUGGAUUUGUUUGCUAUGAGUUAUGAGGAACCUGUGAAAACGAAUGUGCGAGCACAUCAAUGUGGGACUACUAUUUUACUGGUCAUAAACUUCCUCCUAAUUCUUGGCUCUAUUAUUGUCUUGAUAUCCCCGCACUGGUGUGAAGGGUCCUACACAGAUGACACUGGCAGACAGCACUGCUUGUUCUACGGUCCGUAUGAGCAGUGUUUUACGGCAACUUGUAUCGCGAAAUUUGCCAUAGCAGAUACCAAGAAGUCUAUUGAUCUUUUCGACAGUGGCUGUAUCAAAAUUAAUAUUCAUGAUAUCGAGACAGCUGAGCCCAAGGACGGACACAUCAUCCAUUGUACAGAAAUAUUUGUAGGAAUUAACAUUGGUUUAUUGCUGUUAUCUGGUAUCUGUUAUCUGAUUGAUAUAAACAAAGAUCUUGUUAUCUUUAAACUGAUCACCGGAAUUUUCACUUCAGUCGGAGGUUGUCUGAUGCUAAUCUCACUGCCUCUCUUUGUGCUGACAACAGAUAUGGUUUACACCAAGAUACCAACCGAUGCUGAUACUUCCGCUAUAGUGAUGAAGACAGAGAUGGGCGUGUCAGUAUCUAUUGGAGUAGGAGUUGGUUUAAUGACUCUAGCAGUUGGCAUCUACAAUAUUGUCCGGGGAAGGAGGAUAUUCAGGAAGAAAACUGCUCAACAGAAGUUGGGAUUUGCGUUUGGAUCUGGUCUGUAACGUAGUGGAGGGUGGUGAAAAUAAGUUGACAACGAAAUGGGAAUUGUUUGAAGAUUUAGUAUUCGGGACCUUUUAUGGAUGGUAUUUGCGAUAAAGUUGGACCCAUUAUUUUCAUUUCUUCGGUUAAAGGUAUUUGAGUAUUACAAUAGGUUUAGAUUACUUCGUUACUGAGUGUUUUUUAAUCACUGAUAUAAUACCAGAGAAAACUUAAAGUGAGAUAAGAUUAAAGUCCGGUAACUUAUAAUAAAGCAUGUUAUUCCGGACAAA